GAGGGUGAGAUGGCUGCACUGAAGCCAAUGAAGUUGGAAAGGGGGUGGGCUGAGGAUCAGAGACUGGGGUUGAGGAGGAGCGAUGAGUCUCAUUGAGUUUCCAGAGAGAGAGAGAGAGAGAGAGACACACACACACACAUAGACAGCAACACACACCAUCGAGAGGCGCAACAUGGCAUCAAAAUGCCCCAAAUGCGACAAAACUGUCUAUUUCGCGGAGAAAGUUAGUUCCCUGGGAAAGGACUGGCACAGGUUCUGCCUGAAAUGCGAGCGCUGUAACAAGAUCCUGAGCGCAGGAAACCAUGCCGAGCAUGAUGGGAAACCGUACUGCCACAAGCCUUGCUAUGCAGUUUUAUACGGACCUAAAGGAGUGAAUAUCGGAGCCCUUGGCUCGUACGUCUAUGAUAAUCCCCCCGUGCCCACCAACACACAACCUGUUGGUGUUCCAGAGCCCCAGGCUCCAAAUUCAGUGCUGCAAAGAUCCACGGCUCCCAAUAAGGGCCCCAGCAAAGCUUCCAGCAUGACCACCUUUGCUGGUGAACCCAACAUGUGUCCAAGAUGUGGAAAGAAAGUCUACUUUGCUGAGAAGGUGACAUCACUGGGUAAGGACUGGCACCGUCCCUGCCUGCGGUGUGAACGCUGUAACAAGACUCUGAAUCCUGGAGGCCAUGCUGAGCACGAUGGGCAGCCCUAUUGCCACAUGCCUUGCUACGGUGUGCUGUUUGGACCAAGAGGGUUCAACACUGGGGGCGUUGGAAGCUACAUCUACGAGAAAGAUGGCACAGCUCAGCAGCAGUGAUGAGCUUCUGUCCUUCCCGGGAAUGUGGAGAAACAAAGUCAGCUACUUUACUGUUUGCGAUUUCUAAUGCGAUACACACAGACUCUGUAUUUAUCAUAACCCCACUAUACCAAUAGGUUAGACUCUGCAGCAACUGAGCUGUACUCAAUGUUGUCUAGACAAUGGCAUGCUGUUCACAGUCUCGUGUGGAGGGAUAUUUUAGGGGACUGUUAGUGCUGGUAGAGCAUCUUCUCUCGUUUUCCUCCUGCUAUGUGGGUGUGCGCUCUCCUGGCUUUGAGCGGCUGGAAAGGCUUCCUUCCAAACCUGGUUAGCAGCAUGCACUUGCCAAAGGUAAGCUGGUUCCCGAGCACAGUGGUCAGGAACAAGCUGCCCCUCACUUCCUCCUCAAAUUCUUGCCCUUGAACUGUUCUUUUACGUACAGUGAGUGGUUCCCUCAACAACAGUGCCCCAACACUAGCUUGUCGUGUUCCAGCUGAGUGUGGCAAUUCCUGUGUGUCACUUGUGUAACCCCGCUUGUGAAGUCAGCUGUUUAAUGCCCACAUUCCCCCUAUGCUACUCUGCUCAGAAACGGGCAGUCCAGCAUUGCAGUAUUAAUAUGAUGUUGUGCAAAGUAACUUCUGACGGAAAACUUUUACAUAUUUAAGCAACAGUAGAGAGCCUCGUCUUUCCUACGUAUACAGAAAGUUAUUGUUCAUUUAAUUGCUUUACUGAUAAUAAAAGCUGCCAAACGAU